AGGACUUUUCGCGAAAAGCCCGGAAAAACCCGAACUUGGCCGCAAAACGAACUCCGCCGCGCAAAAGCACGCAAACACCCCACUCGUCGAGCAAUUGGACGUAUAGAUAAAACUCGUUAACAACCCAGUGGAGCGCAGCUGCACACUUGCAACCGGCACGCCGUCAACGCGCCUGCUGCAAAAGGAGGCUGCCUGCUUGCGAACGCCACGAUGGCCGCGCUCAUGGGCGACGACCUCGACGACCUCGAGAAUUUAGAUGAAGAUUUAGGAAGGCAGCGCCGCUUCCAGGGCGCCAACGCCGGCACCCAAAAAUUAGAUGAUAUUCGCGGCACCGUCUCCAAGGGCAAAGGCCGGGAAGAGAAGGAGAACUCGUCUCCCGACAUGAUGGGCGCCGCGGACAAGGUCAAGGCCAUGGGCAUCAACAACCACGAGAUGCGCGGCGUGCAGGACUGGGUCACGGCCCGCGACGACGAAAACUGGACUCUGUUGCCGGAAGGCGUGGUGUGCAUCAACGUCACACACUCAAACCUGAACCAGAAGAUGCUCGAGUUGCGCUUUGACUUGCAUCAGACCAUCGGGGAAGUGAAAGCGCGAUUGCACCUCCACCACGGCACGCCGUCGCAAUCGCAACGACUCACGUUGCGAGAUGGUGGUGUGGAUAUCGCCCAGCUCGAUGACGAUUCGAAGAUGCUCGGGUUCUACUCCGUCACGAGCGGCAUGUUCAUCCACGUGACGGACGUGGAUCCGCAUUCCAUUUCAAAGGGCGGAGCCCUCGAGAACGUGAACCUCGUAGAGAGGUACCGCAUGGACGAGGAGACCUACGACAAGCGCAAGGGCACGGUGCGCGAAUGGAUCCGGGAACAGCGGGCCAAGGACCCGGACUGGAAGCCGCCGCAGAUGCCCGGCGCGCAGAUGGCGAACGCGAAGACCAAGGCCCUGCCCUGCACGGCGGCGGACGCCGCGCACAUUGUCGUCGGGUCGCGGUGCGAGGUGCAGCCCGGUGGCCGGCGAGGCUGCGUCAAGUUUUGUGGGGCGCUCGAAGGUAAAGAAGGCGUCUGGGUCGGCGUCGAGCUCGACGACCCGCUGGGCAAGAACGACGGGUCCGCCGGUACGGUGCGGUACUUCACGUGCGCCGAGAACCACGGCACCUUCGCGAAGCCGACGAACGUCCAAUGUGGAGACUUCCCGAACGAGCUCGACGACUCGGAUGACGACGAGAUGUAGGGCCCUUUUUUUAAUCGUUCGUUUCCGGUCUUACUAGGACUAAGCACCUUAG